AAAAUUGCCUAAUUCCAGAAUGUACCUCCUAUUACUUUUAUUGUAUUGUGCGAGCUAUGUUUUUGCAAUGUUGGAAAAGCGGCAGGUGGAAGUCGGAGAAGAAGUCACCAAAGUUAUUCUGCAAAUGCCUGGAUAUUCACCUUCUAAGAACGACGAAUAUGGAGUAUUACCGCGAAAAGCUCCUCCAGGAUACAUUGUUGCAUUCGAACCCUUUGCCGUGAUGGAUCGUAUACAUCACAUACUGAUUUUUGGAUGCACCACACCAGCUUACAAUUCAAUCUGGAAAGGUUACGACGUAUGCGGAGCGGGUUUGCUGCCUCGAGUCCUCUAUGCAUGGGCAAGAAAUGCGCCGGCACUUUUCCUACCGAAUAAUGUCGCAUAUAGUGUCGGUCAUGAACAAGACUAUAUAAAGUAUUUUGUUAUGCAGGUCCACUAUGCAAGAACAUUUGUUGGCGAUGUAUUGGACUAUUCGGGAGUCAUCAUUCAUAUGACUCAGAAAAAGCCACCUAAUUUUGCUGAUGUCUAUCUCCUUGGUUAUACGCAACCUGUUCCUCCCGGCAGGCAUCAUCUUCAACUGAAUGUUAGCUGCGAGUAUCAUGGCAAAGCUGAUUUGCAUCCCUUUGCAUUCCGUACGCAUACUCAUGGAAUGGGAAGAGUGGUAUCCGCUUACUAUAAGCAUGAAGGACAUUGGAAGAAACUUGGUAUACGAUAUCCGCUUGCCCCACAGAUUUUUCAAAUCAUCGAACAUAAUCCAGUGAUCAGGAAGGGUGAUUUGAUAGCGACAACUUGCCGAAUGGACUCGCAUCACAAGACAGUUCCUACACCAAUCGGACCUCAGGAAAUGUGCAACUACUAUAUGAUGUACUACUAUAACUCCAGCGAAGAGACUCCGUUCCCGGGUGACCCAUUCUGCAUAAAAAAUGAGGGAUCUGAGGAAAUGAGGAAAGACUACCCCGUAGAAGGCACACUAAUACUACCUUCUAAGCCAACCCUUGAGCGCACUUCGUAUGCAACAGGGAUAGCCUUCGGUGUUGUCGAGGAAGGAGCGCAUACAAGCGUUGGAAGUGUAAAAAUUGGGCAAAUAGCAGCUCUGUCGUUCAUAGAUGACAGAACAUUGGUUAUUUUCCACAGAGCUGAGAGAGUAUGGAAUAAAAGGUCAUUUGACAAGUACGAUGUAACGAUUGAUAAGACACCAAUCGCGGACCAUGUGAUCUUGAUAGUCAGUUUUAUUGAUGGUAAAUUGCGUCUCUUGAAGAAGCUGGGAAAGAAUAAGUUUUACAUGCCACAUGGAUUGCACAUUGAUAAAGACAACUUUUUCUAUACUACAGAUGCUGGGUCGCAUACUGUGGCAAAGUGGAGAUUGGAAGGAGAUGACCUCGAAUUGGUUUGGGAGAGCGGUGUAAAAAUGAAGCCGGGUGCUGACGAUGCUCAUUUUUGCAAGCCAACUGCUGUAGUCACAAACGACGAGGGCGUAUUUGUAACGGAUGGUUAUUGCAAUAAUCGAAUAGUACAGUUAGACAGUACUAGCGGAAAGAGAAUGUUUGAGUUUGGCUUGUCCGGUCCUGGUCAUGGUACAUUUAAUCUCCCACAUGAUAUUGUAACGUCUUUCCCCAGCAAUCAUCUGUUUGUGGCUGAUCGUGAAAAUGGCAAAGUUCAAGAAAUCACCACUAGAGGAGAUUUUGUAUUGGAGUGGAGUUCAAACCUCUUCUCAAAUAUCUACUCGGUAGAUACUCAUGAUGACUAUGUUUACAUGGUCCCUGGACGAAUCGAUGCAGGACCUGCUCGCGUUUACGCUGGUCGCGCUGGUACUGGUCUCAUUGAGUUCUCUUUCGCACCUACCAGUCGAAAGUUUGAACACGUACAUACACUUCGAGUAUCUCCUGAUGGUUACCGUAUCGCUGUCGGUGAUAAUCACGGACCGACUUUGUUCGUGUUUAGGAUACAACCCAAGCGUCCCACAUCAUUUCCACGCAGCCCGUUCAUGUUCUCCACCUCGUUUUAUCUAUUCGAUGCGGAGAGAUGGCCGUUGCUUAUGAUUCCAGUGAUUGGAUGCGCAAUGAUUAUUAUUGGAUUCGUUGUAUGCUUAAGAAAUGGGAGAGAACGAAAAGUCACUAAAAAUCAUGUGACGUUCGAUAAAAAGGACUACAAAGCACUACCACUCGAUAAAGAAGAUGCUGUGAAACUAAUGAGCGACAAUUCCGAUAUUGAGGAGCCUUAAUUCUCAGUCUGUACUGUUUCUGUUGGAUAUUCUUUCCAAUAAUGAGUACCAGUGGUUUUAUCCCUUGUAUGGAUAAUUGUAUGGUUCUAAAGACGCAAUAUCUCCUCGCUAUGUGUCGCACUUCACAAUUAAUUGCUCCUUCAAUAAAGUCCAGUAUCUUAUUCUAAGAUUAUCAC